CUCUUCACCUACAGGUUUUGGACGGGUUGUUAGCGCAGUACGGCACAGUGGAGAGCUGUGAACAAGUCAACACUGACACGGAGACCGCUGUUGUUAACGUACGAUAUGCCGCUAAGGACCAAGCCAGAGAAGCAUUGGAUAAAUUAAAUGGCUUCCUUAUGGAGAACUACGCACUAAAGGUUUCCUAUAUCCCAGAUGAAACGGCUGCAGCAGAUGCCCCUGCCGUGGGUGGCAGGAGAGGUUUCAACUCACGUGGACCGCCUCGCCAAGGCUCUCCCAAUCUGGGCGCAAGACCUAAACUACAGUCAGACGUGCCUCUACGCAUGUUGGUGCCCACCCAGUUUGUAGGAGCUAUUAUUGGCAAAGAAGGUGCUACCAUCCGCAACAUAACCAAGCAGACUCAUUCAAAGAUUGAUAUCCAUCGUAAGGAGAAUGCAGGGGCCGCGGAGAAGCCCAUCACGGUUCACUCCACACCAGAGGGCUGCAGUUCUGCAUGUCGAAACAUCAUGGAGAUCAUGCAGAAAGAGGCAAUCGACACUAAGAUCACUGAAGAAAUCCCUCUGAAGAUUCUAGCUCAUAAUAACUUCGUUGGCCGCCUGAUUGGAAAAGAGGGACGCAACUUGAAGAAAAUCGAACAAGAUACUGACACAAAGAUCACAAUCUCACCUCUCCAGGAUCUGACGUUGUAUAACCCAGAGCGCACCAUCACUGUAAAGGGCACAUUAGAGGCUUGUGCAAAAGCAGAAGAAGAAAUCAUGAAGAAAAUCCGUGAGUCCUACGAGAACGAUGUAGCUGCUAUGCAUCUACAGUCUAACCUGAUUCCAGGGCUCAAUCUGAAUGCGUUGGGUAUUUUUCCCGGUGCAGCGAGUGGAGGGAUGUCACCCUCUGUUCUAUCAGGACCUCCAGCUGGGGCUCAAUCAUUUGGGCAGCCACAGGUGGAGUCGGAAACCGUGCACCUCUUCAUUCCUGCUCUGGCAGUUGGUGCUAUUAUCGGCAAGCAGGGCCAGCACAUUAAACAGCUCAGCCGCUUCGCUGGUGCAUCAAUCAAAAUUGCACCUGCUGAUGAACUUGACACGAAGCAAAGAAUGGUCAUUAUUACUGGACCACCAGAGGCACAGUUCAAGGCUCAGGGACGUAUCUUCGGGAAGUUAAAAGAGGAAAACUUCUUUGGUCCGAAGGAGGAGGUUAAAUUAGAGGCUCACAUAAAAGUGCCAUCAUUCGCCGCUGGCAGGGUCAUUGGCAAAGGAGGCAAAACGGUGAAUGAACUACAGAACUUGACCAGUGCAGAGGUGGUUGUCCCGCGGGACCAGACGCCUGAUGAAAAUGACCAAGUUGUAGUAAAAAUCACAGGCCACUUCUAUGCAAGCCAGCUGGCCCAGAGGAAGAUCCAGGAGAUUAUUUCUCAGGUGAGGCGGCAGCAGCAGCCCAAGGCCUCGGCCACAGGUCCAGCAGUCGCCCGGAGGAAAUAGAGCCACUGCGUCUUCUCGGAGACUGAAAGGACACGGGGUGUGUCCAUCUCAGGGGUCAGGGAAUGUCCUUAAACCCCCCCCCCCACACUUUUACACACAUUCCUUCUGAAAGUUUCAGUGAGAUUGUGUACACAACCACACCACCACAGCCCCCCCUCCCUUUCAAUCAAACCAUAAGAAAAUCUGCCACCCAGUCCUUGCCUUAAUACGGUAACUGCACAGACCUUAAUUGACAGACGUUAAACUUUGUUUUUGUUAUGAGUUUACUGGGAAAUGCAGCAUUUGAGUGUAAAAGGCGUUUCAAGCCUGUUUUUUUGGGGGGGGGGGGGGUAAGGAAUGGGUGACACAGGGUGGGGCUUAAGGACUUUGGCUUGAGAUGGAAAGAGGAUUGUUGAUGGAAGUAUGCUGUCCCGGGAUCCAUAGUGGCAUUUUAUAAAUUCUGAUGCAUUUUAUAGGUUAAUAGAUAUAUAUAAAAUUAUGAAAGAAGGUGGAGCAACACUGCCACUUAUGACUGAGGGAAGUGUUGAUUGGUGUUGGCCAGGAAACCAAGUUAAUAUGCAUUUUACUGAUCUACCUCAGGCUAGAGUACCUCAGAAAAAAGAAAAUGAUAUAUGAAAAAAUUCUGUUUUUUUUUUGUUUUUUUUUGCUUUGUGGUAUUUUGUAUACUUUAUAAAGCUAAUAGUUCUUGAACAUUUUUUAUUUUUUUAAGAAAAUGUAAAAUUUAGUCUGUAGUUAACGGAGGAAUCUCGAACUCCGCCUUGCUCUGUUUGCCGCGUGCGCGAUGAAUAACUGUGUAUAUAUACGUUUGCGUGGGUAAUAGAGUGGAGUUUGAGCUUCUGUGUUAGCUACAGAUAGGAGAAAGAAAAGAAAAGCGCCUCAGUGUCGCUGAGGAGCCACCACCCUCUGAACACCGUCAAGGUAAUGAGAAAUAACGCCAACCGUACAUACCGCAGCAAUGCCGUGCUAAUAUGCUAAUAACUGUAUCGGCGGUAGCAGACGUUUCACCCGCAUUUCAUUACACUUCAGUUAGGGUCGGAUGCAAGCAAUAGAGGUCAGGGAUAAGCAAGGUCCUGCUGUAACCUCUUUGACACCCCCUCAUCCUCAGUGCGACUAGUUGUCUAUCAAAUUAAAAUAACGACCAGCCCGAUUGAGGUUGUUUCUUCUUUUCCCGUGCUCGUCGUUUUUUCUCCCUUUCCUUUUUCAAAUAAUGCGCUCCGUUUGGUCUUCGGACGGGCGUUUUUUGGUUUUGUUUUUUUGCAUCAAACUGGGCUUUACAUGCCGAAGAUUUUCAGUGUUUAACGUCAGUCAAUGCAUAUCAGGGGUUCGGGGAGUUAAACUGUUCUGAUGCUUUUGCGUUGAUAGCUAUAGGUUACAAUAGUCGAGGGCGCGUCUCUAACGAGCAGUAACGUAGAGAUGGACGCGCGAAUGGUUUCAUUUAUAGCUUUCGUUUAUCAUUUCAAAGUGACAAAAGCAACAACAAAAAAAAAUAUAUAUAUGAACUUUAGCAAAGAAAAAACGUUUAGUAAAGAAACCAAUAUUCCUUUUUGUUUUCAUGCAGAAUGUUAAUAUGAUUUGAUUGUGGUAAGAGUGCAUCCAUGCUUCCACACUAGUAAGACCAUUGUCUACCUCAGCUGAGGAAAGGGUGGGUGGCGGGAAUACUUCCAUCUUACUUGAGACCUCCAGCGCGCGCAGCGAUACCUCAAGUCCCUCGCGAACACUUCCGCACUGGGUACGCGCGUGGCGCCGAGCGCUGACCAGAGGGGCACAAGUGAUCGUUUUGUUUUUCUUUCCACCCUUCUCUUACACCGUUUUUGAUCUACCUCUUAUUAGAAAAGUAUUUAAAUUAGAGGCAUAUUGCUGUGUGUUAGAAUCUAUGGGGUCAUGUUCCAUCUGCCCCUUUCCUCACAGAAAAAAUAAAUAAAUAAAUCAU